AUGGCCGUACAACGGCAGGGAAAUUUAAACGACGAAGAAACACAGUGCUAUGCAGUUUUUCAGAGUUUUCUGGACGAAAAACACGAACGAGAAAUGGCAGGAAUUCUUCUUUAUGAAGAUGCAGAUGCAUGUUAUUCAGUGGUGGUUAAUUCUUUAGAACUGUUUGAUUCAAAUAUCGAAGUGAGUCAACUACUUAUCUCCAAUCCAAGGAAGAUGCUGCCUGUAUGUCAUCAAGCAUUAAGAGAGUGUUUAAGGUUGCUCUAUGAGGAACACAGACUAGUUGGUAGUAUGAAAUUAAAGAAAAAUGCCUUUGUAAGACUUUCUAAUCUGCCAACAUGUCCUGAACUAACACGCAAAACAAUUCCAAGGUCAUCUGAUAUUGGAAGACUAUUGGCAUUCACUGGUAAGUUCACUGUUAUAUCUGAGACAGGCAUAUCAACAGGGUCCCUGCAUGAUGUUACAAUUGGGGAUGGGGGUGGUGUUGAGAUAAAAUAAGUUUGUGGCUUUGCUGCAAGCCUUCCUAGGGGGAUCUGGGGGCAUGCCCCAACAGAAAAGCCUGGAAAGUGCAUUUCCAACUAUUUCUCACAAUAGUUUUGUUAAAUUAACCAUGUGUAUAUUGCCUGAAACACAUUUCUAACUGAAAAAUAUUGUUUAAUAAAUCACGCAAAUCCAGUGUGGUUUCUUGGGGGUAAGGGCCCCCAGAAAAGCUGGAGAAACAACAUCAGAGUGAGGGCCCUCACCGUUAUGGACAUUGAAUCUCAUGUCCGAGCCCAGCUUCCCCCUUGGUGAAGUGACCGAGAGAUGCAAAGAUCAGGAUGAGGGUAAGGUAUGAACCUUGCUCUCUUUUGCCGGCGUGUGCUUCACCGUGGGCGAAGUGUGGCCGUGUGGACACCACUUUCCGCCAUUGAUCGAAACAAAGUGUAGAUCCCCCACGUGAAGCAUGUUGGUCGGGAAAAAAUUAUAAAUAUAUCGUUAAUAUGAAGUAUUUAUAGUAUGGUACAGAUGUGUGGUUUAUAGUAAUCUGUUCAUUAAUAAAGUUGUAAUUGAUAUUUAUAUUUGCAUGAAGUGUCUGUAUGUAGUGAUGGCGUGCUGCGCAAAUAAGAUAUAUGGUGUCCACGAGAUACAAACACUUAUGCUAUGGCUGGAUAAUCAGGGAGGUCAGGAAAAAACCUGCAGUACAGGAAAACCUGGGUAGGGCACUAUUAUUGAUUUAUUGGGGAGUUGAAGCCCCCAGCCAACACCCUACUUCCACAGUCCCUGACCAAGUUUUGCUAUCAUGAUAGUAAAACCUAGGCAAUGAUCAAUGCCCAUUGUUCUUGUCAGUGUUAUUAACUUACCUAGUCAUAUUUGAUUAAACCCUUAAAAUUAAUUGCCCCCAAUCCAACCAGUCUGGUGCAUGAUAUAUCCGAGUGUACUGUGUUCUUCCUCUAUGAUUUCCCAUGUACUGUACAGUAGCAACAAACUUGUGGAAGAUAGUUCCUUACUUGGAAGGCCGGGGAUAGCAGAUUUUUCAGAGGAAUUAAUAACUUGUUGUUCCACAGCAGAUGUCAAAACAGUACCAUCAAUCAGUGCAAUUUUGAUCAGCUGUGUAACUUCUAUUUGCCCCCUGCGACAUUAAGUAACCCCCCCCCCCCCUUCACAAUAAAGAAGCACAUGUACACUCCCUCCAGACUAUAACUUAGUUCUUUGCAAAAUGCACACAUAAUAAUUAGUUUUUUAAAUAAAAGAUCUUAAAAUCGCGUGCACAACAAAAAAAUACAGUCUAGACGGCAUUUGCUUGUUAAUUUGCCAGGAAAUUCACAUUAUUGUGUUUCGAACAUUAUUGUGCUUGAUUUAUUUUAUAGAUCGCUGACCAGCAUGCAAGUGCUCAAAUUACUUUCAGCCAAAUUUUCUUUGUUGAGUCGUACACACCAGCAACAUUUUAUACUUUCAAAUUGCCAAUUUUUCCCAUGACAUAUACACUAAAGCUAGGAUGCUAGCUGCUAUUGAACAAGUGUACUUGUCAUGGAAAAAAUAGGCAGAGUUGCCUGUACAGACGAGCAGAUAAAACUUGUCAUAGAAAACUUGCUCAUGAUCUGUAAAUGGCUGAAUGCUUUCUAGAAGUUGGAAUUGGAGCCCAGAAAGUGGCGUUGUUCUAGAUAAGUGCAGAGCUCUAGAAACGUAUGGACUCUCAACUAGCACGAUCACCAACCUUGCACGGUCACAUGGGAAACUGUCUGGGGAGGUGCCUAUUAGAGACGUGUACCUAUUCGAAAUAUGUUCAUAAGGAGAGAUAUAUACCAAAAACUGUAAAUGAAUAAUAUAAAUAUUAAUAAAAUCGAAAUUCUUUAGGUACUGUGACUCGUGUAACUAGUGCAAAAUUGGUCGAGUGGGAAAAGGAAUUCAUGUGUAUGAAAUGCAGAUUUGUAUUUAAAGUAACUGGUGAUUUUGAGAAAAGUUAUGCUGUCAAUAAGCCAACUCACUGCCCUGCUCCUGACGGUUGCUCGUCAAUCAAGUUUUCAUGUUUGUCUGAAUCAG